AUGGAGGCUAUCUUGCAAACAGCGCUUUUACUGGGAUCUAAAAACGUACCACUUGAUGAAUUCUCCGGUGAAAUCGAUGCUACCUGUUUGGUAAACGCCAAGCUGAUUCUGAGUGGUAAGCACGAUACCGUGAUACAGGAGCUACUGAGAGCUGCAGACGUGACCGGAAAGUACGAUUUUGACGACCCACAAGAGACUUAUUCGGGUUUCCAAAAUCGUUUUUCGGUCGCUUACAAAAAUCAUCCAAAUUUGGCUCUGGUGCUCGCUAUCGCCUUGCUACAGUCUUUUAUCCAGAGUAACUUCACAGGACCAGGCGCAUUGAAAUCGUCGUCUGAGAUUUUGGGAUGUACCAAUGAUCAGAACGAAAAGUUACACCGGUUUUCUAUUACGCUUCUCAGCGUUCUGGGCCAACCCGCGUACCGGUUGUGCGACAAUGCCGUCUACUUAGUGAUGGCCUUGAUUCUGCUAGAGCAAGUCACGCAGCAACCAUCGUUAUUCGGCCAAGACUUUCAGGAAACUGCUCUCGUUGAGAUCGUACCAGCCCAAACCUCAGCCGUAGUGGCGUCUGCUCACUGGUGGCGUGCAAGGGCUCUUCUUGCGCAGCUGUCGCUUUUAUCUGAGCCCACAGGACCUCAUCCUAUGGUCGCUUCUUCGAUUUUCAACAGCAUAGACCUAGUGUACGCCAUAUCCAAAGAACUUCCAUCCCAUUUGAAAUCCAGUGUUGAAAAUCAAUUGGGCGUAAGCUUUUAUCUGGAAAACGUUAAAUGCUCUUUGGCCACCAACACGGAACACAUGUGUUUGCCCACUUUGGCGAAGGUUCAGAAGUUGACACAGUUCCAGUUUGUUUUGACCGGUGCAAGGGCCAAGAGAACCAAAUACCAGAGUGAAUUCCGUUCCGGGCUAAUAAUUUUGGCUCACUCUCAGCAAGCCUCAAACAACACAGACUCUAGUGAUGACAGUGUGAAAGAGGCACCCGAGACGCUUGCGUUAGAGUCAGACCAUUUACUCGAAAAACCUGUGUAUGAGUCCAUUGGAAAUGAGCCGUUGGACGAGCAGAUCGUAAAAAGACCAAAGAUAGACCAAGAUUAUUCACUUGAUGAAGAAAGGUUACUUCCAAUUGCCAUCCGACAGGAGGACAUUCCGCUUGUGUUGCGCGAGCUCGAUCCUAACGACCAGCCGACUCUAUCUGACGAUGACAAUGCUCAAUUACUCCUUCGGCUACAAGUCAUUCGCCAAACCACGCCGGCGCAGAACUCGAUGGUGGAGCAGGAGUUGAGCGCCAUUGUGAACCGCGUCUUAUACCAGUCUGGUAAGAAAAAUUGGACGCUGUUUUCCAGAGGAUUGUGGGAAAGAUCGCUCAUCGAGACGACCAAGGCCAAGACAAUUGAAAGAGGUCUACUACAAAUGCAAUCGCUGGUUGAAGAAUUGGAUUUGAGCAUUUCAACCCGGAUGCUUCCUCAAAGCAGUGGUGGAGAUUCAACACAAGCCGUGGAGAGAUUGAGGUAUGUCCAUAAAUUACCUUUCCUUCCUCGCUGGGCGAUGGAUGUAACGCUGGCGGAAAAGUAUAUGAGCCUUGGCGUUAUGAAAUCUGCAGUCGAAAUUUACGAGAGAUUAUCCAUGGUGUGUGAAGCUGCGCUGUGUUAUGCAGCUGUAGGUGACGAAAAAACGGCAGAAAAGAUCCUCAUCAAGAAUAUCGAAGAAAAUCCAAAUGAUGCAAGAGCCUUAUCUAUCUUGGGAGAUAUCAGACAAGAUCCAGACUUGUGGACGAAGAGUUGGGAGAUCGGUAAACAUGUUAACGCCAAGAACUCUUUGGCGAAACACUACUACAACCCCCCAUCGUCAUCUGGUUUAACAAAAGAUCCCAUUGCAUGUAUCAAACACCUGAACGACUCCUUGCGCUUAUACCCACUCUCGUUCGAGACUUGGUAUUUUUACGGCUGUGUUGGUUUGGAAUGUGGUAAGAUGGAUCUUGCUGCUGAAGCCUUUACAAGAUGCGUGUCACUAGAUGCAACGCAUUCCAUAUCUUGGUCCAACUUGAGUGCUGCUUUCAUCGAGCAAGGUAAACUCAAGGAGGCUCAUAGCUGCCUCAGCAAAGCGGUAAGCUCCGACUCACCUAACAACUGGAGGAUCUGGGAAAAUUUUAUGCUUGUUUCGAUAAAGCUAAACAUGUGGCCUGACGUCUUACUAGCAUGCCGCAAGCUUGUAGAUAUACGAAAGGAUAAAGUUGGAGAGUUUUCAAUAGACAUGCCAGUUGUUGAAAAGCUCGUGGAAUUACUGGUGACUUCAGAUUUCCCCGCCAAUACUUCUCAAAGAUUGACACACUUUCAAACUUCUUGUAUGGAAUUCAUAUGUGACACGCUUCCCACCGUGGUAACAACGAGUUCAGAAUGCUGGAAGCAGGUGGCAAAGGUUGAAAUGUGGAGAAAGAGACCAUGGGCAUCGUUAGAAUGCUAUGAAAAAGAAUACCGAGCAAUGUCACACAAUCCGGACCUCGAAUUUGACGAAAAAGUGUGGAACGCAACAGUUGAAACUUGUGACGAUUUAGUAUCAGCAUAUGAGUCUCUAGGUGAAAUGGAAGGGAAACAUGGGCCAGGCAGUGCUGUUUGUGGGGAUUGGAAGUACAAGGCGCGGUCCGUCAUAAAGUCAUUGAUGAGUAGGGGCAGAUCCAGCUGGGAAGAUUCUGAAGGCUGGGAAAAACUAUUAGAAUUAAGAAAUAAUCUAUAG